GGGUGCUCUGUGAUUUUAGUACAUUUAUUUACAGUCCGUGGCAACCUAAGCAGCCGCUCUCAACAGUCCAAGCGGCGCGAAGCGAAGCGAAAAAUGUCGGCCAUUCCGGACUUUUAGUUAGAAAUGCCAUUUUCUCGCUAAAUAAUGAAGCUAGGACCAAACAAAAAAUACUACCGUAAAGCUGAUUAAAUAAAGAAUCUACUACAGAACACUUGGAUCUCUGUAACUCGAAAAACGAUUAAAUAGAGCGGGUUGAACCCAACAAAAAGUCAAUUUUUCAUAAACUUUUAAAAUUAAACGCCUAUUUCCUAAUGUUAGUUACGAAAAUGUCAAAAUUAGUUGUUCUCAAAAUGCAGGAAAUUUAACUACCUUUCUAAUGGUAUCAAUAACUUUUUUUAAUUCAGUCUGUAUCCUUUUCAGUAAAGCAAAAUCUAACAUCCUGUCGACUUCUCAUCCACCACGGCUUCGGCCAUUUCGGGCGACGGAAAUAUUCACAAGAUGGCCGCCGUUCCUAAGGCUCAAUACGGACUUUCAUGCGUAGUAGUCGAAAUGGUUAAUUUUAAAUAAAAUUUUUGUUUUCAAUUUUAUAGAUCUUUUAUUUUACAUUACUAAUAAUAAUCUCAUUAUAAUAAAAUUAAAAUAAAACAUUAUACAAAUUUCACACUGCCCACUAUAUUAUUAAUGCGAAAGUUUGUAUGUUUGUUAUUCAAAUAUAUAGACAACAUAUAUAUAACCUACCAUGGAACCAUCUCUUGAGCUCUGGGCUGUUAAUAAAGCGACACACACACACACAUAUAUAUAUGUGUCGACAUAUCGCUGGCCCCGGGCAAUAUAGCGGUAAACGCCGGUUACUCCCUUUUUAAUGUUAUUUGAUUUUUGGCUUCUCUGAAUAUCAAUCUAUCACUCUUAUUUUUUUCAAUUUUUUAAAAUUAAUAUUUCUUUAGAAUAAAUGACAAUAACAGCUUUAUUGCAUGGAAAAUUCUCUUACAACUAAAAAUGUAUUGUUGCAUUACUCUAUGAAACAUAACACAAAGAACCUUUAAACAUCUUUAGACUGAAUUUCUAAACAAAGAGGAACAGUAAUAAAUUUAACCGCGUUUUUGGAAAUAAACGUAUUAUAUUAAUAAAUUGUAAACAUUUAAUACGAAGUAAUCACAAGUUAUUUUAUUCUGUACAAGCCAUUACGCCUUUCUUCCCGGAAAUUUAUUGUAUCCUCGGCGCCGUUCUAUCGUGUUACGCUGAACGCCAUCCCUUUCACUCCUACGCAUAAAUGAUUAUCGCAUGCUUUCGAGCAUCAUAUUUAGGUAAACAAUUGAUACAAAUAAUAACUCAAUUCGGCGGGCAGUGUCAGUGCAGCGUGUGACGUCUUGCGCUAAUAAUGUUCUUUUAGUGCGAUUAACUGGUUUUGAAUAAUAAUCUUAAGAUCUAUAAAACGUGUGUUUUUUUUUAAAAUGGCAAGACAAUGCCCAGCUAAAUCUCGCGCAAGAAGAAUGUUAUCCAUGGUUGACGAUGCCAUAAAUCUUCCCUGUAACGGUGAUUUUGAAGAUACAAAAAAAGUCACCAUUUGGAAGAGUGUGGAAGACGUAAACCUCACUGGAACUCAUAGCCCAACUUUACAAUGUCUUUCUCCCAAUUUCGAUUUACAAUCACAUUUAUUGCAAUCUCCUUCUACUAUUUCAUACCAGUCUGCUAUAUUCGAUAAUGUUGACUUUGUAGCUUCUCCAACUUUAGUAUUUAGCACACCUCGUCACCGGAAGCGUAGAUUUGAAGAGAAUCGUGACUCUCGCUCUAUAGAAUAUUAUAAUGUGUGUGAAUCGACAGACCUUAUAACACUAAGUGACACAACGAUGCCACAAGCAACAUCGGAACUACAAGUACCAGAAACGUGUGAAACUACACCCCAAGAAGAAAAUAUACAAUAUAUAACACUGGAAACCGUACGCGAAGAAUUUACAAUAGACCAAAAUAUUUUAUACACAACACCUGUCGAUAAUGAUGACAAUUCAAAUAUUUUGAUUUUACAAUGUGAAAAAACUGCCGUUGAAUCUAAUGGUUACAAUAAUACUUUAAACUUGGAUGCAGAUAUAUUACUUGAAAACCAAUCUACAAUGAUAGAAAAUGUUAACAGCGAAUUUCAUGAUUGCAACCAAACUACAACGAUAGAAAGUGUUCCAUCCAUAUCUGAUGUACUAUUAACCACCAAAGAACUAACUAGGAAAAAAAGGCGAUACGAAGAAAAUUGGGAAAAGGCUAUAUUCGAGGAAUUUUGGAAACUUAGUGAUCACGAGGAUCAGUGGCACUAUAUCUUACGACAUAUAAAUACUAAAGAUAUUAAAAAAAUGCAACUAAUUAGAACAAAAAACAGGACACAAACUAUUAGCUAUUUUUUCAAGAUAAAUGGAACAGAAUCAAUUAACGUUUGCAAAAAUUUUUUUUUGAAUACUCUUAGUAUUAGCGAAAAAACAGUUUACACAGCAAUAGAGAAAGGGAAAACUGAAGAAGUCAAAGAUAACAGGGGUCAGCAUGAAAAUAGACCACGGAAAAUGAGUGUUUCAACCGAGCAAAGUGUUAUUGCACAUAUAAAACAAUUUCCAGUUAAAGAAUCACAUUAUGUCCGAAGAGAUUCUAAGAAGUUAUACUUAGAAGAAACACUGAACAUUUCUAAAAUGUACAGGCUGUAUUCUGAUGAAUGGUUUAAGAGUGCAAAUCAUCCAAAUGAUGUAAAGAUGGCCACCAAACGACAGUAUGAAACUGUAUUUAAUACAAAAUUCAAUUAUUCUUUUCACAAACCUAAAAAAGAUAUGUGCGGCCAAUGUACAUUAUAUCGUCAAGCUGAUGGUGAAAGGAAAGAUCAACUUCAAGAAGUUUACACAAAGCACAUUAGAAACAAGGAAUGUGUUCGUGAACUCAAAACUAAAGAUAAAAUAGAAGUCGAUUCUACAACUACUGUCGUCGCUAUUUAUGAUCUGGAAAAAGUUCUGACGAUUCCUCAAUCAGAGGUAGGAAUCUUUCAUUAUAAGCGAAAGUAUCCUAUAUAUAACUUUACAAUUUACAACUCAUUAAGUGGACGAGGUUACUGCUAUCUUUGGCACUAUCAAGUGGCCAAAAGAGGUGCUAAUGAAAUCGGCAGUUGCGUCCUAAAUUUCAUUGAAACUGAGAGCCAACGUGGCAUCAAAAAUUUUAUAUUUUAUUCUGAUGGUUGUGCUGGGCAGAAUAAAAAUAGGAUUAUCUUUGCUCUUUAUUUAUAUUUGUGUAAAAAGUAUGGAGUUAACAUAAUACAUAGGUACUUUGAAACUGGCCAUAGCCAGUCUGAAGGAGAUUCGAUGCAUUCUCUUAUCGAACGUGCAAAAAAGAACCACACGAUUUAUACUCCUGAGCAAAUGUAUGGCUUAAUCAUGAAUGCCAAGAUCAAUGGUGAAAAAUUUCAUCUUAAGGAAAUGGAACAACAUAAUUUCUUCGAUUUAAAGGAGAUAAUGGACAGAAGACACUGGUUGCGGACAGAUCAAACAAGUGAAAAAGUUAUGUGGACCAAGAUUCACGAAAUCAUGAUUAAUCGAGCGCAUCCAGAUGUUAUUUAUUUAAAGUAUAAUUUUGAUGAUGAAUAUAUUUCUUUAAAUACUGCUCCAAACUCCAGAUCUUCAAGAGGAAGACCCAAAAAGACACUAGUGACUGAUGUUUCAGGAGAUGAACUGAGAAAUCUGUACAGAGAGCCAAUCGCUUUACCAAAACCACUUUACGAUGAUUUGAUGAGUCUCUGCAAAUCUGUAGCAAUUCCGAAAUAUUAUCAUAAUUUUUAUAACAAUUUACAUUGUGUUGAGAACUCUGAAGAAGUUAUCGAUGAUAUUGAAAGCGACGAUUCAAAUUAA